AUGAGAAACUCUGCUAGUAGUAAUAAGAACAACAAUAAAGGUCAGAAUGAUUUCGCGGAGAUGGAGUAUAUGAACAUAACCGUUGUUACUUCAAACGAACCUUAUGGAUUAUUCGACAGUUCAAAUCCAUUCUUUUAUAAAAGAAGAACUCCAAAGUUUAACCUAACCCUUGGAGGAGUUCACAGUGGCCAUGUUCAGAGGGGUUUGCGCGACCCAAUCUGCAUAUCGACUAGCGGAAAAGGAAACUGCAGGGAUGGUUACACAAAAGAGACCUCCGGACCUGAUUCAGUUCGUGUACUUGUCGCAACACGAGCUAAACCGAGCAAGAACUUGAAUAGUGAACUGGAUAGAGAAUUUUAUGAUCAUUUUUUGGAAGUUUUGAAUAGGCCUGAAGAAACGGGGAGGUUUCACUUUUCAACUCAGUUUCUGUAUUACAGAGAAGAAUUGUUCAUAGCAGAACUUAAUAACUCACGGCUGGGAGGAAAGCCUGUUGUUUUCGAUAUGGACAUGAGCGCCGGAGAUUUCCUCUCUCUCUUUUAUCUCCUUAAAGUUCCAGUGGAAAUCAUAGAUUUGAAGGCGGUUAUCGUGAGCCCAACCGGUUGGGCUAAUACAGCGACAAUUGAUGUGGUCUACGAUCUGCUGCAUAUGAUGGGACGCGAUGACAUUCCGGUCGGUUUAGGAGAUAUGUUCGCCAUUAACCAAUCUGAACCGGUUUUUCCAUCUGCUGGUGACUGCAAGUACGCCAAAGCGGUUCCACAAGGUUGUGGCGGUUUUCUUGAUUCCGACACUCUCUAUGGCCUUGCUCGUGACCUCCCAAGAAGCCCUCGCAGGUAUGAGAACUCAGUGGCACAUGGAGCUCCGAGCGACACUGAUCGGCCUGAACUCCGACAACCUCUGGCCCUUGAAGUUUGGCAAAAUCUGACCAAAUCUGUUGAUGAAGUGUCUAAGAUCACCGUACUAACCAAUGGACCAUUAACUAGCUUAGCCAAAAUCAUCUCAUCAGAUAAAAACUCAUCCUCAAUAAUCAAGGAAGUUUACAUCGUGGGUGGACAUAUAAGCCGUGGAAAAUCAGACAAAGGGAACAUAUUCACAGUUCCUUCGAAUUCCUACGCUGAAUUCAAUAUGUUUCUUGAUCCUUUAGCAGCUAAGACUGUUCUUGAAUCCGGUCUAAACAUCACACUCAUCCCUCUAGCAACCCAACGCGAGUUUUCUUUCCAAGCAAUGCUUAAUAGACUCUAUUCCUCGACGAAAACACCCGAAGCUCGGUUUGUGAAACGGCUGCUUACAAGAUUGCAAGCUCUUCAUCAGAAACAGAGGAGAUACAUGCACAUGGACAUGUUCUUAGGGGAAAUUCUUGGAGCAAUUUUCUUGGGAGGAGAUCACGCUUUAUUGAAGCCGAAAAUGCGAACUGAGUACAUAAAAGUGAUCGCUGAAGGAGAUGAAUCGAAAGAUGGCCACAUAUUGAUUGACAAACUGCGCGGAAAACAAAUAAAGAUACUCGAAAGAGUGGAUUUGAGAGGCUGCUAUGAGAGUUUUGCUUCUAGACUCGAUGAUAAGAAACAAUCUGCAGUCAUAGGAAGCUUUGAAGAACAAAGGAUGAAAUGGAACACACCACCAAGUUACAAACCUAUAACCGCUCGAAUAUUUCACUGA